AUGGAAUCAAUGGGUCGUGUUGUUGGAUUGGGAAUGGAGAUCUUAAACCAAUCUAACUACCGGUUAUGGAAGUCAUGUAUGGAGUCAUACUUGGUGAGUGAGGACUUAUGGGAUGUCGUCGGCGGCAGUAGCACCACACCACCAAUGGGAGCUGCUGCGACAGCGGAAGCGACAAAGGAAUGGACACGGAAGAAUGCCAAGGCGGAGUUUGCAUUGAAGAGGUCAAUAUCCUCGGGAGUAUUUGAGCAUGUCUCAAGGUGCACAUCCGCUAGUUCCAUUUGGCAAGCGUUGGACCAACUGUUCAACAAGAAGAAUGAGGCUCGUCUACAACUGUUAGAGAACGAGUUGGCGAAUGCGAAGCAGGGGGAGUCUUCAAUCUCAGAGUUCUUCAUCAAGGUAAAGAACCUUUGCUCUGAGAUUAACACUCUUAAUCCGGAGGAGUCUAUUUCGGAAGCUCGGUUAAAGCGGUCUAUUAUUCGUGGUUUACGACCCGAAUAUACACCGUUUGUGACUUCCGUUCAAGGAUGGGCUACACAACCUUCCUUGGAGGAGUUUGAAAAUCUGCUAGCUUCGCAAGAAUCCUUAGCCACGCAAAUGGCGGGAGUCAAAAUCCAUGAUGACUCGGGGAGCGCUUUUGUAGCUCGGAGGCAACAGAGCUACAAAGGAAAAACCAAGAAUGAUGGUGUAAAGAAUAAUGAUGGACGGGAAAGAUCUUCUACGGGAGACAAGAAGCAGUUCAAGUGUUACCGGUGUGGAAAGCUUGGGCAUUUCAAAAAGGACUGUCGGGUCAAGCUGAAGGAAACCAAUAUGGCGGAAUCAAAAAGUCAUACUGAAGACGAAGAUUGGGGGAAAUGUUUCACGGUGGAGGCUGCAUCUUCAGGUACAUCCACAACUAAAAAUCUUGGAAAUGAUUGGAUUGUGGAUUCGGGUUGUAGCCAUCAUAUUACCGGAAACGAGAAGUUAUUUUCUAGUCUUCAACGUCAUGACGGGAAAGAAGCUAUUAUCACUGCGGAUAAUUCAAUCCACCGGGUUGAGAAGGAAGGGACUAUUGUUAUUGAAGGAGAAGAAGGAGGCCCAAUCACUCUCAAGAACGUAUACCAUGUCCCUGGAGUUAAGAAGAAUCUUCUUUCCGUGGUGAAUGCGGUGGACUCAGGUAACUACGUUUUAUUUGGACCAAAAGACGUUAAAUUCUUGAAGAAUAUUCAAGAGUUAAAGGCGGACGUAGUUCACACCGGAGCACGGGUUAAAGAUCUUUAUGUCUUAUCGGCCUCAAAUUCGUACAUUGAGAAGAUGAGUACGAAUGAUAAUGCUUUUAUUUGGCAUGCUAGGCUUGGCCAUAUAAAUAUGACUAAGCUGAAGGCUAUGGUGAAUAAAGAUCUGGUUAAUGGGCUCCCAAAGUUGAAGAUUCAAGAUGAAGGAAAGCUUUGUGAAGGUUGUCAAUAUGGAAAAUCACAUAGACUUCCAUUUGACAAUUCUACUUCACGAUGCAAUGCUCCGUUGGAGAGGAUCCAUAGUGAUUUGAUGGGUCCGACGAGAACAUCCUCCUAUUCCGGGUUCCGCUACAUGCUGUUGUUCGUUGAUGAUUACUCACGGUACACCUGGGUAUACUUUGUGAAGGAAAAGUCAGAAGUAUUCUCCAAGUUUCAAGAAUUCAAGGUUACCGUGGAAGGAGAGUUGGGUCGGAAAAUCAAGACCUUAAGGACGGAUAAUGGAGGGGAGUUUAUGUCAAACGAGUUUCUCUCUUUCUGCCGAAAGCAUGGUAUCAAGAGAGAAUUUUCAUGUCCAUACACACCUCAACAAAAUGGAGUAGCAGAAAGGAAGAUAAGGCAUCUAAGUGAGACGUGUAGAAGCUGGCUACAUGCGAAGAAUUUGCCUAAGGCUCUAUGGGCAGAAGGGAUGAGAUGUGCAGCCUAUGUCAUCAAUCGGAUGCCGCUUAGUCCAAAUAAUAUGAAGUCUCCUUAUGAGAUGGUUCAUGGGAAGAAGCCAACAGUGAAACAUCUCAGGAUAUUUGGAUCUAUCUGCUAUGUCCAUGUGUUCGACUCUCAAAGAACCAAGCUGGAGGCAAAGGCGAAAAAGUGCAUCUUUGUCGGCUAUGAUGAACAAAGGAAGGGGUGGAGGUGUAUGGAUCCAGAGACACACAGAUACACUGUAUCUCGUGAUGUUGUCUUUGAUGAAGUGUCUUCAUAUUACGGAUCUCCUCAAGUCUUGGUUGAGCAAGAUGGUGCGGGCUCACUUAAAGACGAUGAACCAGCUGCUCAGAUACCAAGUGAUGGUGGAAUUUCUGAACCAGAGAUGCAAGGUGAAAGGGGGAGCACUAACCAAGAGGAAGAGGAGGAGGAAGAUCAUGGUUCCUUGGCUAAUCAACGACCAAAACGGGACAUCGUUAAACCUGCUCGGUACAGAGAUGAAAGGUUUGUUACUACUUACUCAUGCUACUUUGCAUCUCCUUUUGAUGAAGAAGAACCAUCAUCUUAUGAUGAAGCAAAAGGAGUUAAAGAGUGGGAGACCGCAAUGAAGGAGGAGAUGGAUGCUCUAAAGAAAAAUGAAACUUGGGAUUUGGUUCCAAAACCCAAGGAUGUCCAACCCGUCUCAUGCAAAUGGGUGUACCGGAUCAAGCGUAAGAGGGAUGGAAACAUUGAUAGACACAAAGCAAGAUUGGUUGCUCGGGGAUUUUCUCAGAAGUAUGGAGAAGACUAUGAUGAGACUUUCAGUCCAGUGGCGAAGAUGACUACGGUACGUACACUCUUAUCUUUAGCUGCAAGCUUUGGCUGGAAGUUAUGGCAGUUAGAUGUGAAGAACGCUUUUCUAUACGGAGAACUUGAUAAAGAAAUCUAUAUGGAGCAACCACUUGGUUACAUAUCACAAGAGCAUCCCGAUUAUGUUUGCAAGCUAAAGAAGGCUUUGUAUGGGUUAAAACAAGCUCCAAGGGCCUGGUAUGGAAAGCUUGCUCAGUUUCUUCAGUUUUGCGGUUACUCUCCGUCGAACUCUGAUCCGAGUCUGUUCUUCAAGAAGAAUGGAGGAGUCCACGUGGUAGUCCUUCUUUAUGUGGAUGACUUGAUAAUUACCGGGAAUGAUGAAGCGGAAAUUGCUCGUCUGCAAGAGGAUAUGUCGAUAAGGUUUGAGAUGAAGAUGUUGGGUGAGCUGAACAACUUUCUUGGUUUGGAGGUUGAAAGGAUGAAGGAUGGAAUAUUCAUCGGCCAACAUAGCUACGCAAGAAGGAUUGUAGAGAAGUUCGGGGUACACGAAGGAAAGACACGUACUACUCCGAUGGAUGCGAACAUCAAGCUGAAGCGCGAUGAAGGAUCCUUGCUACCCGAUCCUCGGCCUUAUCGUUCUCUUGUGGGAAGUCUUCUAUACUUAACCAUUACAAGACCUGACAUUUCCUUCGCGGUUGGUCUUGUAAGUCGGUUUAUGCAGUCACCAAGGAAGCCACAUCUAGAAGCGGCAAAGAAGAUCUUGAAGUAUGUGAAGACAACUCUUGGCAUGGGUCUAAUGUACAAGUACAAUGCCAAGGUCUCUCUCUAUGGCUUCACGGAUGCUGACUUUGGUGGAGAUCUAGAUGGUCGAAAAUCAACUUCGGGCUUUGUGUUCUUGUGUGGAGACACAAGCGUUUCAUGGUGCAGCAAGAAACAAGCAACGGUGUCGCUGUCUACCACUGAAGCGGAGUAUAAAGCUUCGACGCUCGCAGCCCAAGAGUGUAUUUGGCUUCGAAGGCUUCUUGAAGAUUUGUUUGAGCCAAUCAACAAGCCGGUUGCCAUAUAUGGAGAUAACCAAAGUGCUAUCAAGCUGGCUAACAAUCCGGUGUUCCAUGCAAGGACGAAGCAUAUUGAGUUGGAACAUCACUUCAUACGGGAGAAGGUGCUUGAUGGAACAAUUGAAGCUUUGGAGGUUCGAAGUGAGGAUAAUGUUGCAGAUAUCUUCACCAAGUCACUACCAAAAGGUCAGUUCGAGUUACUUCGCUCGAAACUCGGGAUGGUUGAUAAAAUCAAGUUUAAGGGGGAAGGGUUUAUUGUUUCUUUCGGGUUUCUCGGGUAUUACGGUCUUGGGCUAGUGCUAAGCACUAUCGGUGCUGGUUUCUCUACAGUCUUCGUCCUCGGCAAGAUUUCUUGGGAUUUUAGAAGAAAUAAGCUUCCUUGGGGCUCAAGGUUCCUUGAGUUACAAGAAAUGCAAAGCCCUACAAAACUUCUCAUCGAGAGACAUCCAUGGGAAGUCAACGACGUCGCAAUCCCGCAUCCGACUUACUUCCACCCUAAAACGGACGACGAUAUCACCAGCUGGCAGAUCAAAAUGACGAGCAAACCUCGGCGGAAUCUAAUUAGCUUCGCCGGAGGUGCAAGACCCGGCAACCCGUAUAGCAUCAGGUCAGCGCUUAUCGAACAAUGCAAAUCUUUUUCCGACCAAUGCCGGUUCUUAAACUGUUCUAAUGGAAGUUGUGACAAGCCUGAAAACGUCAUAAAGCUUUUUCAAGACUCUGAGUUCUGUCUGCAGCCGUCAGGAGAUAGUCCAACGAGAAAAUCGGUUUUCGAUUCGCUAAUCUCCGGUUGCAUUCCGGUGAUCUUUAAUCCGUACACUGCAUAUUAUCAGUACGCUUGGCAUCUCCCGGAGGAUCAUAAGAGAUACUCUGUGUAUAUAGACCAAGAAGAUGUGAAGGUAAAGAGAGUAAACGUGGUUGAGAAAUUGAUGGCGAAGACUCUAAAGGAAAGAGAGAGUAUGAGAAGUUACAUUAUUCAUCAGCUUUUGCCUGGUUUGGUCUAUGGAGACUCUAAUGCGAAGUUCGAAAAGUUUCGAGAUGCUUUUGAUAUUACUUUUGAUAAUUUACUUGGGAAAAUCAAUAAGUUGGUUUAG